AUGUCGACUUUCAGACCUUCCAAGAUUCUCGUCUUUGGCGCGACGGGUAACAUUGGCCUUUUCAUUACCGAGGCCUUGCUGGACGCCAGCCCCUCGUUCGGUCAAAUCACCAUUUUCACAUCGCCCGCCACGGUGGAAAAGAAACCGGCGCUGCUCGAUGGCUGGAAGAAAAAGGGCGCCAAGGUUAUCAGCGGCGACGUCGACGAUAACGAGCAGAUCCAGGCCGCUUACAGGGAUGCCGAUACGGUCAUCUCGGCACUGGGCAGGAAUGUCAUUGAGAAGCAGAUUGACCUGAUCAAGCUGGCCGAGGAGACCGACUCUGUCAAAUGGUUUUUCCCCUCCGAAUAUGGCACCGACAUCGAGUACAGCCCCAAGAGCGCCGACGAGAAGCCUCACCAGGCCAAGCUCAAAGUGCGCAGGUACAUCCGCGAGAACGUCCGGCGGCUCAAGUACACGUACCUCGUGACGGGCCCGUACGUCGACAUGUUCUUGACGCUGCCCGCCGUGGCGCAGGAAGCCGGCGGGUUUGACACGGCCAACCGCAAGGCUGUCCUUGUCGAGGAUGGCGAGGGCAAGGUCGGCUUAAUCACCAUGAAGGACGUUGGCAAGACUCUGGUCGCCUCGCUCCGUCACCCCGAGGCAUCCUUCAACCGCGCCCUCAAGGUACAGUCCUUCGUGGCGACCGGCAAAGACAUCUUGGCCGAGUAUGAGAAGCAGACGGGUGCCAAGUGGGAAGUGGUCUACUCGCCGCUGCAGAAGCUCAGGGAGGCCGAGGAGAAGGCGUGGGCCGAUGGCGUCCCUUAUGCGACCAUCUUCACUCUGCGACGCAUCUGGGCCGAGGGUGGCACGUUGUACGAGAAGACGGACAACGAGAGGAUCGGGCUUGGGCCCCAAGAUGUCGAGACGCUAGAGGUGGCCGUGAAACGGUCAUUGGGUAAGGCUCAAUAG